GCUGCCGCCCACCCCCUGGUGCGGGCGCUGUAGGCGGGGCUGGUCCGGCGCUGCGGGAGGGCCGGGCGAUGGACGCUGCGCUGCUCGCUGUCGCCGCCGUGCUCCUCGCCGUCCUCCUCUUCUUCGCCACCCGCCUCCGCGGCCAAGCGAGAGCAGCUGAUGAGGAACACCAGCAAAAUGUGGCAGCAGCAGCAGCAGUGGCCAGGCCUUGGCCCCAUACUGAAGAGCGCAGAGAUGGGAUGCCAAGGCGCCGGAGGAACAUGGGAAACCGGAUGAUGGCCCAGAGUAGAGCGCAACAGGCAGAAGACUGGCUGGAAGAGGAAGACUAUGCUGAGGAGGUGCCAGAAUUUCAGGUGUCUGGAAAAAUUGGAGCAAAGAAGCAGAGGAAAUUAGAAGAGAAACAAGCCAGAAAAGCACAGAGAGAGGCUGAAGAAGCAGAACGAGAAGAACGGAAAAAACUUGAGUCAAAAAGAGAGGAGGAAAGGCGGAAAGAAGAGGAGAGAAUACGUCUUGAGGAAGAACGACAGGAAGAGGAAAAAAGGAAGGCAAAGGAAGAAGAGGAGAAAAGAGAGUAUGAAGAGUACCUGAAACUGAGGGAGAGUUUUGUAGUUGAAGAGGAAGGGGUUGAAGAAUCAAUGACAGAGGAAGAGACUCGCAGCUUUCUAAUGGAAUUUUUGGAAUAUGUGAAGAAAACAAAGGUAAUCCAGCUCGAGGACUUGGCUUCACAUUUGGGUUUAAGAACACAGGAUGCAAUUAACAGAAUCCAGGACCUGAUGGCAGAUGGCACUCUAACAGGUGUGAUUGAUGACAGAGGAAAGUUCAUCUACAUUACUCCGGACGAGAUGGCUGCUGUGGCUCAGUAUAUCAAACAGCGAGGACGAGUCUCCAUCGCAGAGCUGGCCCAAGCAAGCAAUUCCCUGAUCAACCUCCAGCCUGACAGCCAAGCUGUGGCUCCAACUGUGGCGUGAAAUUGUGGUGUGAGAAAACCCAGCAGGAAUUUAACCUUUUAAUGAAUAAGCCACAUAAUUAAAAACAAACAAAGAACUCCUCUAGUCCAUUCACAGUGCUUCAAGAUAGGAUGCUCUUUUUAAGGGUCAGCUGCAAGACUUGAUCAAAAGUGUUUCUUCUUUUAUGUUAGAGCUGGUAUAAAAUAGGACAGUCAUUUGUGCAACAGAGGCUAGCCAGGAACUUGGGGCUAAAACACCGAUGCACCUGUACCCUGGGAAUAUCAGUAUUUACAUGGUUACUUUAUCCUGGCAGUCAGUCUCAUGUGACUAUACCCAAACUUUUUCCUGUUACCAGAUUCUGAUGUAUCAAGUAUAUCUGGUUUUGAUUGCAUUCAGAAUUCUCCAGGCUUUCUCUGCACUUUAGGGAGCUGUAUAACUUUGUGGCAAUGAUGUACACAGCCCAGAAUAAUAGGUGUGUAGGGCUGAGGCUUGCAGAUUGUGUCUUCUGGAUCAACAUUGGAAGGAUAGAGUAAAAAGAAAACACUGCAAGUGUGUCUUUGUUCUUACUGAAAUAUAUACUGAAACUCUAGAAAGAGAGCUUGCUAUAUUGUGAGAACUUCCAGAGGUUAUUUCAGAAAACCUUUGCUAUAUAACUUAAGUUUUGCUCGGUUUAUAUAAUGUAAAAAGUUCACUCGCAGACAAGCUGUGUUAUUUUUCUGUAGCCAAGAGACAGAAGCACCUCCAGGGAAAGGCACUUGCCUCAUCUAUUGUGCAGGCCAAUUCUACUGAUACCAACCAGAUUCUGAUGAUUCAUCCUUUGAAGUAAGAGCCAGCUCAGUGCAUCUGAAGGUCUCUGACACCCCUGCCCCAUGGCCUUUGUGUUCUGGAUGUUUAGGGGUUUUUAAAUAAAGAAAAAUUCAGGCACUGAGUCAUGUGAUUAAUGUUACCAGUAAAUUAUUAUUAAUGUAUUAAUUGUAGGGGUCAGUAUAUGUUGCAACGGAGGGAAGACACAGUCACUCAAUAUGAGUGAUCAGCAGACUUCAUUUAUUGUACCUUACAGUCACCUUUUAUGCCUUGUUAUAAUUAGCUCAUACAUAUUACAAAAGCUAAGCUCAUUAUUGGUUAGUUGCCUAAAUACCAAGCCUGCCCCUAGUUUCUCUUCUGUAGUUAUCUGUUCCCACCUGCAACAUUCUUUUCCCACCACAAUCUUCCUGUUACUGUGUAACAAGAACAGCCAAGGAUAGUGUAUUUUUGCUUUACUUCAGCUAAGCUGAGAGGGAUGUGCAUUUUUGUCCAGCCAGCUGGACUAUGUCUAUGUGACCCUUUUCAGCUAGCCAGUUAUCCACAAGUAUAUUUCCUGCAUAUAAGAAUAUUUAUAUUUUUAAGAGCCUGAUUGAUGCUUUUUUAAUUCUCUUUUCUGAAAUCAAAAGAAUCUAUGUGGAUAUACAGUAAUUGGGGAGGGCGAGAGGGGCUGGUUUUGUCUCUACUAAACAGAGACACAACUUGAGGAGACUAAAAGCUGCGCUACCAAUGAGACUAGAUAGCAAUAAAACAAUGGAAUGGCGCAUAUUUCCUUUUUAAUCUCUGUACUGCUGCUGAAUGUGAUACUGUGCAGGAGCGCUGAGGUACAGUGCAGUACCAUGUGUUGAUGUGAAAGAUCAGUACAUCGUUACCGUGCUGCACAACAAUAAUCAGCAGAGAAAUUACUUGAGAUUUGAGGCUUGUAAAGUCUCUUAAUUAUUCAAAAUUUGAUUUUUGCCAUGAUUUUUUUGUUCGUUCUUAAACUAUUUUUGUAAUAAAACAAUAUUGAAACAAU